GCAGACGUCGCGGCCCGCGCAAUGCGGCAACCGGCGGUACGGCUGCUGCGGCUGAGUCAGGUGCCGUAUGCCGAGCUGCUGGCGCUGCAGGAGCGCUGGCUGCGGCGGCUGCAGGCCGAGCCAGGGACCGAGGCGGGCGCGCUCCUGCUCUGCGAGCCCGCGGGGCCCGUGUACACCGCCGGACUGCGCGGCGGCCUGACGUCCGAGGAGGCGACGCGGCUGCGGGCCUUGGGUGCCGAUGUGCGCGCCAUUGGCCGCGGCGGCCUAGCCACCUUCCACGGCCCGGGCCAGCUGCUCUGCCACCCCGUACUCGACCUGCGACCCCUUGGCCUGCGCCUGCGCGCCCACGUGGCGGCGCUGGAGGCGUGCGCCGUGCGCCUGUGCGAGCUCCAGGGCCUACCAGGUGCCCGCGCGCGGCCCCCACCCUACACCGGCGUCUGGCUGGGCGAGCGCAAGAUCUGCGCAAUCGGAGUCCGCUGUGGAAGGCACAUUACAUCUCACGGCCUGGCGCUGAACUGUUCUACGGACCUCACGUGGUUUGAGCACAUUGUGCCCUGUGGGCUGGUUGGGACAGGUGUCACUUCCCUGAGUAAGGAGCUCCAGAGGCAUGUCACUGUGGAUGAAGUAAUACCACAUUUCCUUGAGGCCUUUAAAGAGACCUACAAGUGCACAUUGAUCUCAGAGGACAGCCCCAGCUGAAGGGCAUUUAUAUUAUCACAGCCUGGAGGUCCUGCCUUGGAAAGCACCACACCUGACUUGGAGUCACUGAAACCCAGAUUCUAGAUCCAGCCCUGUCAUUCACACACCAUGAGACUAUGGGCAAAUCAUGAGCUCUGAGCCAUUGGUUCCAUAUGUAUCCUGGUUUAUUUAUAUCUUCCCCACCUACCUCAGAUAUAGAUGUGAAAAUAUUAUGAAAAGCAUGCUGUAUAAAUUUAAGGCAUUAGCACUACCAUUGACACCAUUUUCUCAGCUUAGAAAAACUCAGAUAUCAUAGAGUGUCAUUUCUCAAAUAUUUAUUAUUUCCUCAAUACUGUAUUCAACUGGGGAAGCCUGGGCUCCAGUUCCUUUGAUUUUUGUAAGAAACAUUUCUCUGGAUCAUCCAGGUGAAGGUGAUGUGAUGUGGUGCUUUUUCAUUCUUAGGUGAGCUGAGUGCUUUCUGCAAUAAAAGGGAA